AGUAAGAAAGACUAUGAAUACGACUGCAUCGUACCUACGCAGAAUCAACAGCGUUCCAAUCUACGAUCGCGCAUAUAGGAACAUAAACUUUGCUAGAACUGUAUACAAAGUAUAUUUAUUUACAUUGCUCGUGGGGUAGUGGAUUUCAUGUUGCAUUUUGUUUGUGAAAUAGUCACGAGUAGGAUGUGGUAUUGUGCUCUCAUAUGAAGUGCUUGUAACUGUUAUCUUCUUUAGUGAACAACCGUACUCCCCUUGUUGCUAUUGUGAGAUGCUAACGUUCGUGUGUACAACCAACAUGAAAAGGAAUGGCACUUAGGCCAUAUUGACAUUACGUUCGCGAAAAUGUCAAAGUUCAUCCGUAGAUCAGUGCUUGAUGUAUUUUGUGAAAAACAUAAAAUAAUGAAUUAAAAAUGCUGUGCAAAGUGUGAAGUGAAACUCUAUAAGAUACGAUCUCUUGAGAAUAUGAUUAAUUACAGUGAAAGCUCAAAGUAGAUCAUCAACAUGCUGAUUAAGGAGUAUCGGAUACCUUUACCUCUCACUGUGGAGGAGUACAGGAUUGCUCAGCUGUAUAUGAUAGCUAAAAAGAGCAGAGAAGAAAGUUCUGGUGAGGGGAGUGGUGUGGAAAUUCUAGUUAAUGAACCAUAUGAUGAUGGCCCUGGUGGGAAAGGUCAGUACACUCAGAAAAUAUACCAUGUUGGUAGCCAUCUGCCAGGAUGGUUUAAAAGCUUGCUUCCAAAAUCUGCCUUAACAGUGUCUGAAGAAGCUUGGAAUGCUUACCCUUACACAAAAACUAGAUACACAUGUCCAUUUGUUGAAAAAUUUUCAUUAGAAAUAGAAACUUAUUAUCAUUCCGAUAAUGGCCACCAAGAAAAUGUCUUCAACCUAACGGGAAGUGAUUUAAAAAGUAGAAUAGUUGAUAUUAUUGAUGUCUGCAAAGAUCAGCUUUAUGGUGCUGAUUAUGUUAAGGAGGAGGACCCUAAAUUGUUUGAAUCACAAAAAUGCAAUAGGGGUCCUCUUACAGACAAUUGGCUUGAAGAGUACUGGAGUGAAGUCCAAGGUAAGCCACAACCACUGCCAAAUGGAAAAUCUCUAAUGUGUGCUUACAAGCUAUGCAAGGUAGAAUUCAGAUAUUGGGGCAUGCAAACAAAAUUAGAAAAAUUCAUUCAUGAUGUUGCACUUAGAAAAACUAUGUUAAGAGCUCACCGUCAAGCCUGGGCAUGGCAAGAUGAAUGGUAUGGUCUAACAAUGGACGAUAUCAGAGAAAUUGAGCGUCAAACUCAAUUAGCAUUGCAGAAGAAGAUGGCUGGAGAUACUAGUGAUGAACAGGACCUGUCAGAAGAGAAUUCAAAAUCGCUUGCAGCUACAAUGAGCAGCUUAGAAAAGAAUGAAGAUGUGCCAACACCAUUAGUUUCAAAGAAAAAUAAUGCUGAAAAAAGAAUACAAAAACAUUUGACACCUGAGGGAACACCCCCAUCUGAACACAAAACCUCUUCUAAAACUAAUCUUAGAUCAUCAUCUUCAGGCUCUAUUAAAAGUUUGCAAGCACAGGCUGCUAACUGGAGAAUGGAAACCCUUGUCAGGGAAUCAGAAACCGAAACAGGUUCUGAGGAUGAAUUUUAUGAUUGCGAGUCAUCUUUUAACAAAUGGUCUUCCAUGUGUUCUCUGGAUGAAGCUGAUAUUGAUAUAUCGCCAACUCAAGGCGAUAAUAGUCAAGAAGACAGUAUCUUUAAUCCCUCUUUCUUGAAAAGGGUCACUUCUGAGAGAGGUUCACGUAGAAUGCCUAAUUUACAAAGUCAUCCAAGUAUUGAUGGUUGUCCAGAGACACCUGUUCAUAGCUCUUGCCCAACAACUGUUUUAAUUCUUGUAUUUCAUGCUGGAAGCGUUUUAGAUGCAAAUGUUGACAUGACUGCUAAGAAAUCGGAUGUAACUACUUUUAAAGGUGCUUUUGAAUCAGUGAUGCGCCAGCAUUAUCCUACGCUUAUAGGUCACAUAGCAAUAAAACUAGUAUCGUGCCCAUCUAUAUGCACUGAAGCUUUGGGAGUGUUGUCAACAUUGAGCCCUUACAGUUUUGAUUGUUCACCAUCUACUAUCGAAUCUCCUUCUCUCACAAAUGAUCUUAUACCUAUUGGCGCUAUACCAUUAAUUGCGACAUCAUCUCCAGAAUAUCCGGAAUCCGUAACAAAGACUAUAAAUUCGGCAAAUGCCACAUACAAUGAAUUUAUCAAAUCUGAUGAUGGGAAAGGAUUCAAUGGCCAAGUCUGUAUUGUUGGAGAUAGUAUGGGUUCAGUGUUAGCUUAUGAUGCUCUAAUAAGAACUUUACAAUACCAAUCAAGACACGAUAGUGAGAAUAGUAUAUUGGAUACUGAGAUAACUAUUCCAAAUGAUCCAUUAGAACCGCACUACCUCAACAAGUCUCACUUACAAGCUCCGACACCCAGAAGGCGUUCGUCAUCCACAAGUGAUAACCAUAUAAAAUUUGAGUUUGAAGUGAGCGACUUUUUUACUUUUGGUAGUCCAUUGUCGCUUAUAUUAGCAUCAAGAAAAAUUUCUGAUGAUAAAUCGCGUGACAUUAUGAAACCACCUGUACAACAAGUGUUUAACUUGUUCCAUCCAACAGACCCUGUUGGCUCAAGAUUGGAACCAUUGCUAUCAGCAAGAUUCACUAAUCUACCACCAAUAAAUGUUGCUCGAUAUACUAAAUACCCGUUAGGUAAUGGUCAACCCUACCAUUUAAUGGAAUUGAUACAGAGUCAUCCCCAACUAUUUGGCGAUCACCUGCAAAUGCCACCAACUCCUGUGUUAAGAAGACUUUCCGAGGCAUCUGUACAAAGUACAGUAAGUGGUUUAGUAGAUAACAUUCCUUUAAUUACUAUGAAUGCAUUACAGCAAAAAUGGUGGGGUUCUAAAAGACUGGACUACGCUUUAUACUGUCCCGAAGGGCUGACGAAUUUUCCCACAAACGCUUUACCUCACCUAUUCCAUGCUAGUUAUUGGGAAAGUUCAGAUGUUAUCGCUUUUAUAUUACGGCAAAUCGGUCAUUUUGACUUAGCUCUAUAUGGACACUCAGAUGAUAAAGAAUGUCCGAUGUUCAAACCUGGACAAGAGAGGGAAAAAUGGAUGCGUAAACGGACGUCGGUGAAAUUGAAAAACGUAGCUGCAAAUCAUAGAGCUAAUGACGUAAUUGUCAAAGAGGGCUGCCCGCAAACAUUUUCUGCCCGUUUUAUGUACGGCCCGUUAGAUAUGAUAACUUUGACAGGCGAGAAAGUAGAUAUUUACAUGAUGAAGGAUCCUCCUGCAGGCGAAUGGGUGAUAUUAUCUACUGUUGUAACAGAUAAAACUGGGAGGAUAACAUAUACGCUGCCGGAACGUCAGAGUGUCGCUUGUGGAAUAUAUCCUGUAAGAGUUGUUGUACGUGGUGAUCACACGAUGUGCAAUUUUCAUUUAGCCGUUGUGCCUCCCCAAACUGAGUGCGUUGUGUUUAGUAUUGAUGGAUCUUUUACUGCCAGCGUAUCGGUUACCGGUCGAGACCCAAAGGUAAGAGCCGGUGCCGUAGAUGUUGUGCGAUUUUGGCAGGACCUUGGAUAUCUCAUUUUGUACAUAACUGGCAGACCAGACAUGCAACAAAGAAAAGUUAUUUCGUGGUUAGCCGAGCAUAACUUUCCUCAUGGCUUAGUAUUCUUCUCUGAUGGAUUUUCAACAGACCCACUAGGUCACAAAGCAGCACAUUUAAACAAUCUUAUAACUGAACAUGGAAUAAUUAUGCACGCUGCAUACGGUUCAGGGAAAGACAUUACUGUUUAUCAUAACUGUGGACUUUCACCAAAACAAAUUUAUGCCAUUGGUCGGAUCAGUAAAAAGUACAGUAAUAUGGCAACGACUCUUAAUGAUGGCUACGCUUCACAUCUAGCUGAUUUAAAACUUCCUGGAGCUUCGCGGCCUGCUAGAGGCAACGCUCGUCUUCUAGUUCCUAGACGGCUGUUGGCUCCCGUAAGUGGCGGUUCUUCAUCUCGAAUUCGUCGUUAAUUUAGCGUAAUUCUCUUAUUAGUAUUCCUUAAAACGCUUAAUCUUCCUCGGGUUAGACGAUGUUUGUGAUAGGAUAGUGCUUAAUGUACGAUCGUCGUAAAAUUAUCAUCUCGUAUUAGAUUAUGACUAGUUAUUCUGUCCCACGUACAUCAGUAUUGUUUGGGCAGACUACAUUUAUAUGCACAUAGUUUUCCAAUUCGGAUUUGAUUAUUUAUUCUGCGUAUAGAUAAGAGUAAACAACUUUUAAAAUAGUAAAUUGGGAUGAGAAAGAACCCAUAAUUAUUAUCGUUGUAUACCUAAAUGCUAAAAUGUUGUAAUGACUGGUUUCAUAUUCUAACUGUAAAAACUUGUUACGUACUUCUAUUGUAACGGAUAAUGUGCAGCAUAUGCAUAAUAUAUAAAAAUCAUGUUAUUUUUUGUUUCGAAUGUAAGUUGAAGAGAGGAGUUGAAUCUCUACGCAGGAUUUCCUGGCGUAAAAAUUGUGCUUUAUUUAGUCUAUUUGCCAUUCGUAGAUACUAUGCUUGCAUUUGUAAUUUUUACUAAGGCGUAAAUAGGCAAUUUUUAAAAGUAACUUUGCUAUUGUGCGCCUGUUUACCAAACUAAAGUAACGUCUAGAAAUACAUCUGCAGUCAUAGUUAGAUUCAUCCGUGAUCUUAUGUUUGUUCAUUUUUUAAACAUGUUGUACCUAUCAUAAGAAUAUUUAUGUUUGUUUACUUUUAUUACGAUGGAACUGUAAUGUAAGUGUAAACUACAUUGUUCCCGUCUUUUUUAUAAUUUAUUACUUGGGGAACUAUCCAUUGUUUCAAUCAAAUAUUUAAUGGUAUAAAAUAUAUACCUUGUAAGUAAUAUUAAGACGUUGUAACAAUAUUUCGUGAUAUUAAAUCGUGUUAUUUAUUUAUAGUUCUGGAACACAUUGAAGAAAAUACAUAAGAUAUUUUAUGCAUUUGCAAUUUGCAACCCAACUACGGUGUGGCAAUUCUGCCGAGUUUUUGCAUAUUAUGUAAAAUUAUAAAGAUUUUUCCUUGUUCUUUUUAAAUUGCCGUAGUAGGGCUGUGAUCUGUUUUAGAAUAAUAUUGAUGUUUUAGAUUAAAUACGAAAAUUUGAUGAUGUAGAAGUAUAAUUAUAAAGAGAGUAAGUAUUCUACAUUGCAGUGCUAUUAAUUUUUGCGUAUUAUAUUCAAAGUCUGUGAAAAGUUUAAAUUCUAAAUAACCCUUUCAAAUAAUUACAUUUUGAUUAAAAUGAGAAUUUUCGAGUCUUUAUUAUGUAUGCUAGUCGAAAGCGAAAUAAUUUCGCUAAUUGUCAUGUAUUUGAAAAAUUAAAUUGUCACAAAAAUGUGUUUUAAAUACCAAGUUACAAACUAAGAAUAUUCUAAAGUUAAUUACACAAUAAGUAAAUAACUGAAGAGGCAAUAUCGUAAAUCAAUUUAUAAUUGGUAAUAUUUAUAUCGUUGAUAUUAUAAAUUAUAAACCAUAUAAAAUUUAUUUUUCUAGUUCACAAUUUGAGUUCUUGAAUGAACAUUAAGUAAGUAAAUUAUAUUAAUUAAAUUAUCUAUUCUAAAGAAAAUUGUAUAAUCUUUAUUAUGUACAUUCCUGUUUCAGAGAUAUUUCUAUUGUUAUGAAAUUUUUGAAAUUAAUUAUUAUAUAAAUAAUAAUGUAUCUAAACGUAAAAAUUAUAAUACAUAUUGUGUAAAGUUCUCAUAAUUAUAGUUUUAUUUAGGAAUUUAACAUGUUUCGAAUAUACAUAGAUUUAUCUUAAGAGGAUUUUGGUUGCAUUGGGUUAGGCUUUUGGUCACGAGCCAUGUAGCAUUCUAGAACAACAAUAUGUGUUGCUAAUUAAAUUUGUUCAGAUAACGUUUGAAUUUUAUACGGCAUUUAAAUCGCCAAUUCGCAUUUUCCGCAUAGAUUAGUAAUUUCCUUGAAUAAAACGGGAGAUUAUGUGCGCUAUAUUUGCGAAUAUAAUUUUUUCUGAAGUUGAAGUAUAAGAUAUUACAAAUUUCAAACCGGUUAGUAUGUACUACUAGGUACAGUUAACAUUGGAUGUAAGUGCAACCUGUGGAUAAGCACACAGCCACUUACAUGGCUUCACGCGAGGUCAGCCAUUCUUUACCAAUCUAAAAUUAUCCGUUUGGUAUAAACCUGAAGCCCUGGCAUCGGUGCUAACGCAGAGAAUAUGAUCUAUUUGAUGUUUUAGUAUAUCCGAAAGCCGUAACGGUGUUGCGCAAAUAGACAGCUAACGCAGACGCCCUUGUAUGUCGAUACGAUAUACAGAGAUGGCUAUCAAUCUUUAUACCUGCCACGUGACUAAGUAAAAUUUAAACAGAUCCCUGGUAGCUGAUAAUCAAUAAAUAGGAUGUAGGAAUAGCCUAGUAAGUAUUCGUUGUUUUCAGGAUUUUAAUGUACUUUGUGAGUUUACCUUUUUCAUCUAGUACCUAUAAAAUGUUCGUGUACAUGAGUCAAUUAAAACUUUUGUCUGGUACCUAUCUCGUUUAAUUUUUAGUAGUGCAUAGACUUAUCUUCUUUCGAAAAAUAAUGUUGUUGUGUGAUAAACUCAUCUCAAAGAUUAUUUUUAGCGGUUUUAUUUAAACGCUUGAGCUAUCGGGGAUCUCUGAAGGUCAAUUACGUACUUCAUCUGAACUUGACCAGCUAAGAGACUGAAAAUAAAUCUUGCGAUCGUAAAUACCUAUGUAAACUUUACUCAAGGAUCACUGUGUACAUGUCAUUUUACCAAUACUAUUACGCCGUUAGAUUCGAGCUUAAUUGAGUAGCCAUUUGACCAUGUUCGCAGUUAAAGUUCAAAGGGUUUGAACUGUUUAUUUUUAUCCAGCUGAGGUCGGUUGGGUGUUGUUGCAUCUGGUGCAAAACGGUGUUCUACUUUUUACGUUUCAAUGACCAACCAUUUCAUCCGCGAUAGUCCGCUUCCUAUAAGUGUUUAUUGAUCGUUAGUUCGGAACACAUUGUGUUUAUGAUAGAGAGCAGAUGCCGAUUCUCUCACAUUGUGGAAACUGGACGUUCAAAUAAUUUCCUGUGCAUGGAAAUUUUCUGUCAGUGAUGCUAUAUUACCUGACAGUGACUAGGCAAACUAUACAAACAUACUUUAUCAAAAGUCUAUAUAACCAAAUAUUUAUUACAUGUUACUUUGAGAUCAUUGAACUUAGUAAAAAAUAAAUAAGAGUAGGUAGGUAUGCUGUUAGCAUUGACGCGCGACUCAAACCGGUAUUAAUUAUUACGAGAUACGAAGUUCAAAAUUACAUUCGCGGUGUAUGAAUGCGUUUGUCUUUAUUUUAAGGUGUGGUGGGUACUUAAUAGCCAUUUAGAUUUUCAUCAAAAACUCUCAAGUCCUAAUUUAGUCUACACACGGAUCUGAAGUGUUAAGCCAAUACCUAUUUUAGUGAAGCCUUUUACUUUACUUUCAGCAUUUCUUGUAGGAUUAGGAUGGUCGGUUAGGUAACCUUCGACCCAGAAUAAUGUGUGGCCGGCUGGCAUUAUCUCUGGGCCAUUCAUAAUGACAAGAUAAUUAUUGUAGGUACCUAUUUGUCGGGUAGGAAAUUGAGUAUUGAUUAAUUUAUACCUAUAAUCAUAUCAGUUUUCUUAUGUGCUUACGUGAGUUUGGACUCUGAAAAGCAUUAGCUAUGGCAGCUAGAAAAAUAAGAUGGCUCUUAAAACUUACCCACCAGAAAUGUAGGUAUACUUACUUAAAUUUUUUUCGAGUCAUUCCUAAUUUGUAACAUUACCUUUAUGUACUUAAACAAAAUGGGGAGACAACACCUGAUAGCUUGGGCGUAGCCACGGUCCGCUUGGGGCGGUUGCCCCACCCUGUUCCAUAAAACGUGAACAUCAUCAUCAUCAUCUCAGCCAUAGGACGUCCACUGCUGAACAUAGGCCUCCCCCUUUGAUCUCCACAGAUACCUGUUGGAAGCGACCUGCAUCCAGCGUCUUCCGGCGACCUUUAUAAGGUCGUCUGUCCACCUCGUUGGUGGACGUCCUACGCUGCGCUUGCUAGUCCGUGGUCUCCACUCCAGCACUUUUCGGCCCCAUCUGCCAUCUGCUCUGCGAGCAAUAUGGCCUGCCCAUUGCCACUUCAACUUGCUAAUCCGGUGGGCUAUAUCGGUCACUUUGGUUCGUCUACGGAUCUCCUCGUUUCGGAUUCGAUCACGUAGAGAAACACCGAGCAUAGCCCUCUCCAUAGCUCGUUGAGCGACUUUGAGCUUUGAGAUGAGGCCGAUAGUGAGAGACCACGUUUCGGUGCCGUAAGUCAUCACUGGUAACACACAUUGGUUGAAGACUUUCGUCUUGAGGCACUGAGGUAUGUCGGACGAAAAGACAUUGCGUAGUUUCCCGAACGCUGCCCAGCCGAGUUGGAUUCGGCGGUUGACCUCUUUCUCGAAGUUGGACCUACCUAAUUGGACUACUUGUCCUAGGUAGAUAUAUGA